GUUGGGGGUUUUGUGACAUCACCAGGUUAAAGUACCCAAUCAGCUUGCACUCUGGAGAAAAUUAUUUAGUGGGGUGUUUCCUACAAUAUACUGUACUCAAGUCUCUUAAAGAAAGAAGCAGGAAAAAAAGGUGGCCAUGCCAUGGAUUUUGGUUGGUGUCUGGGGGGCCUGAAAACCCUGCUUUUGCUGUUCAGGAAUGAUUCUUUGCUCAGAAGCUUGCCUGCUUUUUUGUAAAGAUUGGACUGAUUAAGAGAUGGGUGAGAUGAUUUCUUCGGUGCCCCUCCCGGGCAAAUUUGAUUCCAAGAAGAAAAGAUAUGAGGAGGAGGAGGAGGAGGAGGAGGAAAAAUAAUAACCCGAGAGAAGACAUUUUUCUCCUUUGGACUUCUCUGGGGAUGUUUACAGAGUGGAGAAUAAAGCGCUGGGAAAAGAAAAGGCAGCUCUGGAUCCUCAAGAGAUGCAUUUGAAAGGAAAAUUUCUCUCAGCGAUGAGUGCUUGAUUUGGGAGGGGGGAAUAGAUGGGAAAUGGGAAGAGGUUGGAAGAAGAGCCGUUUCUACUAGCUCCCCACUGGCGGCCUCCCUGCCUCCCUUUUAUUUUUUAUUUUAAACAUGUUUCUGACCUGCGGGAUGGCUCCAGCUGCGGCUUCCGCUGCCACUUCCAUGGAUUACAAUGGAGAUUUCCAAGCUGGUUAUCAGGAAAUCGACGGCAUCAAUUUGGGUUACCUGCAGAUUAACGGCACGAAGAUGUUUGCUCUGACCCAGGUCUUCAGCGACCUUUUUAAGAACAUUCCUCGGGCCGCUGUGAGCAAAAAAAUGGAAAGCCUCAAGAUCCAGAGUCGCCGGUGCGACCUGAAGGAGCUGCGCACUCUCAAAGCCAUCCAGUCGGUGCCAAUGCGCGCCGUCAAGUGUUCGCUCAUUUCCAAGACUGACCUGGAGGCCCUCUGCACCUCCUGCAAGGCCUUAACCCCCAGGAAGAGGAAGAGGAAGAGGAAAGUCAAGAGGAGGGAAGCCGAGGUCCUGUUCGAUCGGCCCCGAUUACUCCCGGCGUAUGACGAAUCCGACCACCACGCCUUUCGUGCCAGUUUGGGUGCCGGCUGCGCCAAGCGCGAAGCGCUCUUCGGAGCGCCAUUUGCUAGGAGCUAUGAGAAAGCUGCGCCGCCUUCCAAAAGCUAUAGCCGGAACAGUAGAGCGCAGCUCCUGGCCGGCGUCCUCAACGCUUACCCCGGGGACUUGCAAUUCCUACACUCGGCAGUCAGGGCGCACGGAACCGGUCAACCGCCUCGCGAGUCGGAGAUCGGGCGCCCCAAGCGCUCCACUUGCGGCUGCCUGGCCAAGAAAGGUCGCUCAGCCUCUAUCGCCAGCUCCAAGAGGCAAGGUACGUCGGCUGGCUAUUCCAGUGAUUCGGAUUCCAGCGGCGCGUCAAGCCCGGCAAGUUCCAGCGAUUCUUCGGAAGAUGAGGAGGAAGAAGAGGAGGAGGAGGAGGAGGAGGAGGAAGACGAUGAAGAGGAGGAGGACGAAUCUUCCUGCAGUAGCGAAGACGGCAGCUCCUCCGGGUCAGAAAGUAGUUCUCUAUGCAGUGGCGACUCGGUGCAAAGCACGAGAUACAGACAGGCCGCCCUUCCCCGGAUCCCUCCCCAAAAUGCAUCUUCCCAAGUCUUCCCCAGCGUGGCCAAAGCACUGCGCCCAGACCCGAACUUGAUCUUUUGGGCCAGGACGUUGUGCGCCUCCACUUUGGAAAGUUUCAAGCCGGUUCCUACCACUACGCCCAAGGAGCUUCAGCAGGACAGACCGGAGACUCGGCGUUCUGGUCCGGUCAGCCCUAGCGAGAGACCGCAGCCAAAGAACGUAGGCGUCAGGGAGGCGUCGGAGUUGGGAGGCCAGGAGGGCGAAGAGGCCGACUUCCUGAGCAUUCCCGAUGGUGUCCGAGCCGGUGAGCAGGAUAAAACUGAGGAAGCUGCGCUUCAGCAGACUUCCGAGGAAGGGUCAGGCAGAGGGGCCCAUUUCGACCGGCUUAUCAGGCAAUCGAAACUGUGGUGCUACGCCAAAGGGUUCAACGUGGAUGGGAAAGGCUUGCGCAGAGCCGAGCAGGCCAAAGGGUGUUCUCCCACUUCCAAAACUGGCCUCCUCAGCUUGGCCAACAGACCGCUGAAAGGGAGCAGCGACUCGGAAAGGAGUGCCAGGAGAAGUCGAGUUGAACAGGCCAAAGGGAGGCCCCCCAAGAUCCCGAGGAAGAAGACCCCAAAGGGGAGCACCCCGCCUUGCAAACGCUUGCUCAGCACCAGUCCCGGGCCUAUAAGGAAUCCAUUUACUUUGAUGGGCACUUUUCCAUGUACGCCUGCGUUAGUUGUGGGUUCCGAUGGGGAUCUUUGUCCUGCAUCAUCCCUAUGCGUCAAAGACUCCUGUGCCCUCUCAAAAACGCACCCACUUUGGACCUGGCAGCUGGGGGGCAAUGCCAUCCCCAUGCCUCCCAGCCUGAAAUUCCGGGGAUAUGGUUUUGAAAAAGUCUAGAAGGAAGAUUUUAAAUUAGUUUAUGUACAACAAUUUGUCUUUUGUGGAGGGAACAGUGUGGAUGGGAAAGGAAAAAUAGAAUAUGUAAAGAAAAGGAAAAUGAUCUUGCAGUCUCAAGUACAUAAACUUGGGAAUAACCUUUUUUGUUUCAGUGGCCUUUAAUUCCAAGUCAGGUGAUAAUAGCAAUUGAUGAUGUUUAAACUCAUUUGCCCCAAAGUAAGACUGGCUGAAAUAGAUAAAAAUGUUUUUUAAAUAGAAAAAGUGCAAUCAAAUAUAUAAUUAUUCAGAAGGAAUUGUGGGAUUUAAUUAUGUGUAUAAGUGGCUGUAAGUUUGAAGCCUGAAAGUUUUCAAAAGAAGAAUGGAUAUUUGAUUCCCAAAUAGCUCAAGUUUUUUUUUUUAAAGAAUCCUGAAAAUCUCCAUCUCUUGGCAUUUCUGACAUUCCUUUAUUUAUACCAGUGGCUUUGUUUUAAAGAGCCCAUCCAAUCAGUAAUUCUUAAUAAAAUUGCACACCUUUAAAACUAUAGAAAUUUAAAUCUUACUUGACAAUGAUUAUAGGGAGCCAAAAUAAAUGAUUAAAAAGAAAUGUUGAGAAUAAAAGUAAGUAACUUGAAAAUAAAGUUGAGUAUAAAUAGCUAACUUCUAUGCUUUAGUUGGGGAUACAGUGUUUUUGUUCAUGUUGCACAUUUAUAUCGUAGGGAGCUGCAAUAACAAUAAUUAAAAAAAAAAGAUACAGGCCUUUUGGAGAAAAUCUGGUCUCCUUUCCUUUUAACAUGCAGUGGUUUGUUCCAUGCUGCGAAAUUUGGAAAAGCUCUGGGGGUGUGUUGUAGGGAAUGAGAAAGUUUCUGGACAAGGCUCCCCUCCCCUCUCCAAGUGAAAGACCCUUCUCUUCUCCCCCUCCCCCAUUAGCAAAGUUAAAAGUAUGCUUUCUUCCCAGCCCCCAACUUUCUUCCUUAAUUUGGAAGAGAAAUGGAAUGGCCUUUCAACUGCAGCACAUUAAACUCAUCAAAGGAUCACUCCCCUCCCCAUUCCAUUCACUUCCUGAUUAAAACUUAAGCAAAGCCAAUCUGACUACUUUAUCCCCAAUACCAGAACUUUGAGAAGAAGAAAGAAAGGUCUCCACAGUAGGCUUUUUCUUCUUCUCUUUCAAUAAAGAAAAACAGGGCAAAAUUAUUUUAAACAAAAGUAGAAGCAAAAUGUCCUUAUCUUUCCUGCAUGAAGGGAAAAAAGUUCUUUAAAUUUUUGCAUCUUUUCAAGCAAUUGUAUAUUGGUUAAUAGAUCCCUGACAUUAGUAGCCCAAAGUAAUAUUCUGUUUAUUUAAACAUUUGCUGGAAAGAAUAAAUUGGAUCCAGGGGUAAAUUUGAAUGAAAUACAGAUGGACAAUUUGAUCUCCAAAGUGAAAUGUAGAAAAGAGGAAUUCUUUUGUCUUUGCCACAGAAAACAAGUGAUCUCUUUCUCUCAUGCAAAUAGUUCUUUAUUGUUUCAUGUGUAAUAUACCCCUUUGUCUUCCAAGAUUUCUCUGUGUCACCAAACUCAAAUCACCAAACUCAAAUUCAAAUUGAAAUCUUCAUUUCUGAGAGUAGACAACCUCUAUGACUGUAAGAUAUAUAUAUAUAUCUUCAGUUUCAAAAUCUUAUCUCAGGGAAGAAAGAGUUCAGUUGCCCGUAAAUAGAUCUGGCCUUGCUACACAAUCCAUAAAGACCACAAGCAAAAACAUUGUUUAAAAGUGCAAAACAAAUUUAAUUAGGAGGUAAGUCCUUCUAGGAAUUACUGGACCUUAAACCCUUAAGUCUACAUGAUUUUAUCUAUAAGUAAGCUAUGCAUCAACUGACUUUAUUCCCAAUUGUGCAGCCAAACAGUAACAUAUUUAGGAAUUAGAUACCAAUAUUUAUCUGCAUCUAUUAUUAAAAUAGGUUUUCCGGAAGAAGGGGACAAAAUCUUAUUGGGGAUGACUGGGUGGAAUGAAUUGAUUGGAAUGCCAGAUUUUAUAUAGAAAUUCCAGCACUUUGAAUUUUACAAAUUGAUUUCUAAGUGCAACAAUGAAACAAACCAAAUAUGGAAUGUAUAGAAAAUGUGUAUAAUUUUAAAAAAUAAGACUCUCAUCCAGAACACAAUAACAAAAAUCCCACACUGCAAAUUCUGCUAUUCCCCAUUUUGGUAAUUAUACGGUAUUUAAAUUUUGCAGCUAAAUUACACUUUUUUUAAAAGGUUGUGGUUAUACUGUAUUCUCUUUUACUUGGGAGUAAGAAGGAUUGAUCUCAACAGAAUCUUAUUUCUAAAUAAAGCUUAGGAUUAUUGGGUUAGUUUUGUUCACCUUAUAAGCCUGCAUUUUUGUUAAGUGGGAGAUGUUUUAUUGUCAAAAUUGUUCUCAGUGAAGAAAGGGAGAUAUUCUGUUUGGUUUUUUUUUCAAAAAUCGGGCAAUGCAGUGUCCUUAUGCAGUUCCCAUUCAUUGUGUUUAUGCAGAAGAGCUGUCCAUUGAAUUGUGUGAGUCCCAAAUAUUUGAAAGCAACAAAGAAAGAAUGAGAAAACCUGGUUGUUCCUGGGGGCAUUACAUAACUUAAGGCUUUGUGUGAAAGAGCUGAAUUAAGAAUUUCCUGGCUGGCAGCUCGCUCUCUCUCUCCCUCCCUCCCUCUCUCCCCCUUUCUCUCUCCCCCUUCCCCCAGUUUUGAGCAUUUAUUUGGUAUGAAUUAGUUUUGCUAAAAUAUACAAGAAUAUAAAUGACACAAGUUUUCAGGAAAAAAACAUCUAGAUCAUUGUCUUUAGAAUUCUUUCAUGAUGGAUUAGAAAAGCGACCAAGGAAGAAUAUGAAAGAAAGCAAAGGAGAAAGAAUUUUUUUUUUGCAGUUGUCUUCACUUGCAAACCCCACUCACCCAGCCCAGUCAUUUAUUUCGGUGUUCAAAAUAUAAGUUCAGUUUUGCUUAGGAUAAAGGAGGGAGUCCCUGUGUUUGCCAAGCAGGAUGCAGCAUUAGUUGCAGGCUGACUAUUCAUAGGAAUGUGGAUUUUGAUGGAAGCCAAAUAUUGACAUACCUCUUCAGUUUCUCUCCUGAACUUCUCACUGAGCUUUGCAUAUAGGAGCCACACAAAUAAAAAGAAAAAAGAGAUCUAAAAUAAUCUAUGAAGAAUUGGUUAAAAUGGGGAAAGGAAGCUGCUUCCAAUCUCAUAUUUGCACCAUAAUCCAGUUUCUGUUUUCGGGAAUAAGUCUGAAGGACCCAUCUGUUGUAGGGUAUUGCUGCUGAAGAGAGGUGUGGAUAUGUGGGUGUGAGUAUGAGACAGAGAAAGAAAUUGCACCCCCAUGGUGCAAGGCAUACUUGUUCCCUCUCUAAUACAACCAAGCUUGUAUUACUUUUCUGAGGCAGUACUGUGUUAUAUAAACUGCCUUCUGGUUCUAUGGAUCAGAGUUGAGUUGCAAUGCUUCUCACCCCACUCCUUCUUUACAUAAAAUAAACUUACCAUCCUUAUUAAAAUAUUAGAAAAGUAGUAAAUAAAAAAGAGGCAAGGACAAUCAGCAGGGAAAAAAAUCAUUUUAUAUAUUAAACCAAAAUAAUCUCACCUCUGCUUCUCAGUCAACCUAUUCAGCUUCCCACAUUCAUUCUAUUCUGUGUAAAAGCUACUAGCAUGUUCUGUCACAUAAACCUCUAGCAAAUGAUUUGGAGCUGAAUUGUUCCCAAUCAUUUCAGUGGAGAUCCUUCCCUUUUGUGCUGAAAUGCUGAUACAGUUGCUAGUUCAUGGUUCUUAAAAAUGAAAAUGCCCCUUAAGACAUGCAAACAUGAUGUAGUGGUAUUCACACUUGUUUGUACAUGUCAGGUAGAACUCUGUAUGUCACACGAAUACAAAUACUAGGAAUAGAAAAAUCAUGUAUGAAUUAAUGUGAAGAAUACAUUUUCAAACAAUGAAAAUAAUAUUGAAAUUGCACACUCAGGUGAGUUAGUCUGACUGAAUCUGGGGACUGAUCUUUCUAUAAACAUGCUGCAGAAUUGUUAUGCUGGUUUUUCAGUACUUUAUGAGAAACCUUUGUUGAUUACAGUAUAGGAUAGUCUAACUCUCUAAAUAUUGUGGAUGUAUAUGUCUUGUUGCUUAUGUGGUUUACAGUACAUGUAUAAGGCUGCACCUAUGCAUUGCCAGGAAAGAAACAAUUACAUAGAUACCCAAACACACCACAAUAUUGUAAAAUUAAAUGAUUCUUCCACUCAAAUGUAUGUGAGGACAGGUUUUGCAGGUAAUCAAGUUCUUUAUUUUGAGUAGAAUGGAACUGCUUUAUGUGUGAGAUUUGUGUGGCUGUAGGUGUAUAAAUCAUUGUGAUGUAUCAGCUUAGACUGCAUUCACAAUGGAUGUUCAGAGCAUCAAUAGGAAUAUUUUCACUCAUGACACAGAAUGUACAUUUGAUCUUGUAAGUAUAAUGCAGAUAUAAUCCCACAUUUCUUAACACACAUAGUGGGUUUAACUCUGGCUCUGUUUUUCUAUUUUACCUUCACAGCAUUCACAUGUAUUGCAAGGGAGGCUCCAGGGAACUUCAGAGUUGUGUAUGAAAAUCCUUUGUCUCUAAUGUCAUGUUUUGAUACUGCAUUCAAAAUACUCAGGCUACUCAGUGAAUUAUUGGCAUGUUUUUCAAAAUUGUCUGGGAUAGUCAAAUUCAAUUGAUGUGAAGAAAACCACAACAACUAGAUUUUGAUCUCCUUGCAUGAUACCUCGGAUCAGUCAUCUUUACAGCAAUGACAAUUUUUCUACAAAUAGAUACCAUUUAUGGUAUGAAGGAAAAGUGAUUUAUAAUAUUUUAUGAAAUCACAUUCCCUUGUGUGCAUGUGUAAAUACUAGUACAUUUUUUCAUAGAAUGUGAAAAAUAUAUUUUCCAAUCAGUUGUACAUUCAAGCCAGUAGGCCCUCACAAUUACAACAGAAAUAUAAAGUUUCAAAACUUUUAAUAUCAUGCAUGUAAACACUUCCUUAUAGAGAGACAGGGAAUUUUUUAAAGUUAAACUUUAAAGCUUGUUUUCAAAAGUGGACAUUAGUGUGAUUCCCAUGCAAUGUUCUGCUAAAGUAUGGUUGGUUAGUUUUGGAUUUAGAAUUAUAUAUGAAGCCAUACAUAAUAGCUUAUAACAUCUGCAAGCCAAGAACCCACAGAUAGAUCUACAAAUCCUGAUUCAGGGUUAGGUGUGAUUUCAGCCAUACUGUUAUGCAGUGGUGAAAUCCAAUUUUUACUACUGGUUCUGUGGGUGUGGCUUGGUGGGCGUGGCAGGGGAAGGAUACUGCAAAAUUCCCAUUCCCUCCCCACUCUGGGGCCAGACAGAGGUGGUAUUUGUUGGUUCUCCGAACUACUCAAAAUUUCUGCUACCGGUUCUCCAGAACCUGUCAGAACCUGCUGAAUUUCACCCCUGCUAUUAUGGUAUUUAUUUCAGGCACAUAGAUCUUAAAAAGAAGCACUAUCUAGAGAGGCAUUAAAAGUUAGAUUUAAGUUAGCCAGGUGAAGCUACAAUCGCAUAUUCAAUACAUUUACCAUGGAGUAAAAGACGAGGCUUGCCUUGAUCUAAGCUUGAUUCCUAGUGACAUAUUUGAUAUACAGAAGUGAUUUAACUUUUCGUUCUUCUAGAGACUUUUAAAAAAAUAUUCCAGUUUGUCUUAUAGAUCAGGUUCCAAAAGGUUUGGUUUGAAAGGCUUAUUUCUUUUAAAUCAGUUUGAAAACUUGGAGAAGUCAAUUAUCAAUCUUGUUCAACUAAAUGAGUUGAAAGUAAGGAUAUAUUUUGUAUUGGAUAGUGCAACCUGAUGGAUGUAAACAUGGAUAAUUAGAGGCCUUUCUUGCUGAAAUUCCAGAGUUGCAUUGUUGAAUUGGACUUUUUAAUCCCAGGAAAUAAAUAUAUUUUAAAGAGGUCGUCUGGAGUUCAAAGGAAUAUUUUCAAAUCAUCUAGCAUGAUUCUGAGUGUCUGUGAUAUGCACUGACUUGCUGCUUUCAGUGAAACAUUUCUAAACAUGAUUGAAUGCCAUCUUAAAUUCGAAUAUACACGUUUAGUUUCUUCCAAACUGCUGGCAAUAUGGCCCCAGAUUUUUGCUGGAAAAUAUGCCGCAAAAUAAGAGGCAUAAAGUAAAGCUUUAUUAUGCAAGAUUAACAAAUGAAACUAUUGUGGGGUCAAUACCUACAUUGUUGAGAUAUUGUGGAAAAUGAUAUGCAUCCAACAAACCUUAGAACAACGCUGUAAUCCUAUGAGAAAUUUCUUUCUAUCCUUAUGUAUCCUUUCUACCAUAAAAAAAUAAUCAUAUGCAGAGAGUAAGGAAACUGAUAUUUGGUUGAGAUUAACAUAAAUUAACAAAGGGAAAACAUGUUUUUCAGAUAAAAAAAAGGAGGAAGCAUUGUUAAUAAUUCAGGUCACACAUUUCCAGCAAAGAGUUCUUUAGUUUAAGAUGAACUUUUUCCAUAGUAGAAGUCAUAGGGUAGACUGCUCACUGAUGUUUGGACCCAAGUACAGUAAAUGAAAGCUUUCUCUUGGGAACAAGCCCCUUCCAUUACAUAGAUCCUUUUAGAGGAGGACAAUCACUUUAGAAUUCACAUUGGCCUGUAAUGGGGGUAUUCCAAAUCGGCACAAGACGGGGGGGGGGGGAAGGGAAGGAUUUAUCAAGAUUGGUAGUACUGUUGAGUCAGCCAACCUUUUAUAAUGGAAAACUUUCUCAAUCAAGGGGAGAGGAAAACAACUACUUAUUGUAAAGUUCUUUCAGAUUGUAAAAACUCGGGUUUGGAGGGUUUCUUUUCCAGGGAUUUUUUCAUUGCAGAGGAAAGAUUCCAACAGAGUUGAUUAGAAGAUUUACACAUAUCUUUUCCAGUUGCUUUUCAUAGCUGGCUAGAUAGAAUAAGGUAAAACAAACUUCUGCUUUCAUUUAAAUCACUUGAAGCCGCUCAAGAAAAAUAUGGGAAAAUAAACUUGAAGGAAGCUUGUAAGAAUGUGGAAGGGAGGGAGGUGAGGUUGAGUGGUUAGGGGGAAGAGGAAGCAUACAUCUUCAUAGCAAGUCCCCCUUUCUCCUCUGAAGUUGAAAUGUAAAGAUAUUUACAUUUCUGCAUGUCUGAAGAAAGGAAAUGAUCAGUACUACAAAUAAAAUAGCAUCCUGUGAAUUGCUCUAAUUCCAGUUGGUUGUAUCUGAAUUUGAAAGAAUUUACAUCGAUGGGUGUAAAUUUCAUUGGAAAGUUCCCAAACAUAAUUCUCUGAAUCCUAUGAACUAGAAACAGGUAAAUUUUAAGAAGAGUAGAAACUAUUUUUUCCAAUAAACUAUUUUUCCUUAAAAAUUGAUUCUCCCUUUUGACUGUGUUUAGGAAGAAGUGAGAGAGGUUUGUCUUGGAACACAGCUAACAAAACAAAAGCACAAUGAACUAGCGUUUUCACCUUUAUUCGGAUACAGAAAUGUUGGACAACUGGUUAUGAUGGAAACUGUAAUACAACACUACUGAAAUAUUCCUUGUUACUGGAAGGUUGUACACAAGAAAAAAGAAUAUUUUUCUUUGUCAUCUCCUUCAAGCUGGCUGGAAAAGAAAGGGAAUAAAGGUGGGCUUUAUGUAAAUGAAUUUAAGUUGUAUAUACUGUAUAACCUCCACCGUGCAAUCUGGAACCCUAAGUAAAUAAAAUAAAUAAAAAAUGUAUUUUUAAACAACAACCAAAAUAAGUGUGUAUUCGACUUUUUAAAAUAGAGACAUUGAUUAUAUCAGGCUACAGAAGGAUUUGUGUGUGUGUGUGUUAAGUUAGUAAUUCCACUUUUUGCUGUAGAUAUAAAACAACUAAAAUGAUUGCUGGAUCAAGACUGAAAUCUUAGUUAAAUUAGGCUUUCUGAAACCAGUGGAAUUAAACCUAGGUAUUAUAAAGUUCUUUCAUUGAUCCUGGGAUUAUAAUUUAAGUGUCUCUAAAGUUAUAUUCAACUCUGUUUUAUUUGUGGAAAACAUGAAUGUUAGACUAAGCUUUCAUAUUUCAAGCAACAUUAAAUGUAUUUUGGGGCAGCAUAAUAUUUGGUACUGAUAAGAAACUUGUUUGUAUUGAACUGAAUUGAAUUGAACAUUUGUAGUCCUUAAGUGGUCAAGAAUAUUGAACUGAAUUGAACUGAACAUUUGUAGUUCUUAUGUGGUCAAGAAUAUUCCAAAUUCAUUAUGUAGAAGAUGAAUAUUUUCAUAUUGUUUUCCAACAUUUAAUGAUAUAAUCAACCUCUUACUUCUCACUUUUGCAGCAUAUUAGAAGAGUUCCAAUUUCCAAAGUUCUGCCCUGUAAAUACUAAACAGGAUUUGGUUUUUUUUAGCAUUCUUUUUAUUAAAAACAAUGGUUCCAUUACUUUGGUAAUACUUUUGUCUGUUUGUUGCAAAGAAUCGAACUUGGCUGUUCUUUACUACCAGUGCUACAACCUGCUAUUUAGAUAUGUUCAGUUGUGCUAUUUCCAAUUCUGUGUCUUGUUGCAAAAUAACUAGUGAACUGAAUUUGGGACUAGCCUGUUUCUUUAUAUAUUUUAAGGAGCUAAAAAUAAAAUGCAGUUACUCUAGAUAAGUAAAAUGUGCAUCAGAUUGUUUUGUUUUCUGGAAACUAUAAGAAAUGACAAUACAAGGAACCUGAUGUUUAUAGUGAGCCCAAAGGGGAGAAAAAGUAUGCCACAUCAUUAUAACAAUAGCAUGUAAGCCUCUGUGAAAACAAUUCAAUGUAUAGAUUUCUUCAAUUUGGUAUCUUCUAAAAUGUGUAGAAUUCUCAUAAUUCUGAUGUAGCAUAGCAAUUUGAAGAUUCCAAGUCAAUAAAAACUAUAUUAAAAGUCA